UGGCCAGGUCCGGCCGCGUGCUCCCCACCACACAGGUGGGUCGCGGAUCCCCACGCGAGGAGCGCAGGCGGUGCUUGAGAUGGCUGAUUCUGACCCUGGAGAAAGAAACUAUGACAACAUGCUGAAAAUGCUGUCAGACCUGAAUAAAGACUUGGAAAAGCUACUGGAAGAGAUGGAGAAAAUCUCAGUGCAAGCCACGUGGAUGGCCUACGACAUGGUGGUGAUGCGCACCAACCCCUCGCUGGCAGAGUCCAUGCGCCGGCUAGAGGACGCCUUCCUCAACUGCAAGGAGGAGAUGGAGAAGAACUGGCAAGAGCUGCUCAAUGAGACCAAGCAUAAACAGUAGGCCCCUUGCCCACCGCGGCCCCCAAGCUGCCC